AUGGCCCCGUCAUCUCAUGCCGACAUUCGCGGCAUCAAGCUUUUGCAAGAUCGGCCGUCGCUUUCUUACCCGGAAUGCCACGAUUUAAGGUUGACACGGUUCUGCCAAGAGAACCCGCUGUUACGCAUCAAGCGUUACGUUAGUUUAUGGGAUACUAUCUUCCAGGGCGAUCCCAUAUUGGAUAUGGAUCCUGAAGGGGAAAUGCCUCGGAGGGGUAAGGAGACAGACAAGAUAUCUUACUCCAUAGCCACUUGGAUGGUAGAGGCCUUGGCAUUACCUACAGCUGGUAUGCCUCAUGAUGCGUUCAAGUUGAUAUUUGUUGGAGACUCAGAGGAGACUGGGAGUGUGAGAAAAUCUUCCGGGAGGGCGUCCUACGAGACGCUGCCUGGCAGGAGGCAAGGGAUGAAUGUUUAA